AAAAAAAUGCAUGCUGCGUGUUAGAUCUCGUGGAUUUUCAUAGAGAGAACAACAUUCAGCCAAACAGCUUAAAAACACACUGUGGUUACACUGUUUCCUCUCUGUUGUUAUAAUAACUGCACUAAACUCAAUAUACAUGCAUCUAUUUCCAGCCCAAAAUGCCUCAAAUCUAAGCUGUGGCAUUUUUUCCUCGAGUGUAACCAUGAAAUAUAUCUUAUAGUUCAUUAUUGGUAAUAUGGCGGUUGUACUACACUUCCCAUGAUUCCCCACGCCGGAAGUCGAAGCACAAGGCGGAAGCAUGCGAAGAGUGAGCCGGAGACCCUGCGAGGAUGGCCCACUGCUGGAGGAGCAGGAGACGGAGGGCCAGCGGCAGCUGCACAGCCUAUUGCUGCAGCAGCUCCACACUGACGUUGACAUCGACCGAUGUGUAGCUAAGAGGCAGUGCUUCGCCCCCGCGGCGCUCUAUCGGCCGUUUGGGGAACAGGCAGCUGGAGUGAGAAGCCUCUCCCAGUUCCAGGCCCUGCAGGACGGGGAGAAGGAGCUGGCCAGCUUGCGGGAACUGGGCCUAACUGACACUGAGAUCCAGCUGUGGCAGAGCAGAGACGUACCGGAGGCAGCAGAGAAGUCCCAUGGUGUGUGCGCAGCCCCAGGUGCGAAGCAGCAGCGCCUGCAGGUGAUCAGAGACAAGAUCGAAGCCAGGGCAGAGCUCCUGUCCCGCCCACAGCGCUUUGCUGCCAGCCGGCCGCUGUCACGCAGGGAGAUGGAGAUCGAACAAGCACUUUUCCAGGGAACUGACCGCCUGGGUUUCCUCACUGCACUUUACCACAGAGAUGAAGAUAACCAGGAGGGCCAGGAGGGGGCGCCAUUCUCUGAUCCAAUGGACUCUGUCUACAAAGACGUUCUCAGCAAGGAGAGCAAACAAGCUUCACCACAAGAGGGAGAAACAAGUGGAGCAUCACACCUGUCUGCACACAGAACUACAUCUGACCAACCACAGGACUCUCAGACAGACAACAACCAGUCAAAGGACAAUCAGUCAGAACUGUCAGCACAGUCAGAGUCAAGUUCAGACACCUCAGAGCAGCAGCUCGCUCAGGACAGACCGGGGCAGCCAUCACUGGCUGCUCCAGCUCAGAUAAAUAUAAGCCAGCCAAUCGGCAGCCUGUGUGGAGCAGGGAAGGCGAGGUCAGGGGGACCGCUGACUGUCAGAGGGGAGAUUGAGAUCAUCUCAGAUGAAGAAAUCCUAAAGAAUCGGGAAUCGGUAGAAGGGAUCCGAAGCAUCCCAAGGUUCCGAAACUACCAGCCAGGAAAACCCUCCAAGGUGCUGUGUGUGAAGAACCUGAGCGCACAGGCCUCAGUGGCCCAGCUGGUGGCGCUGUUCUCCAGGUUUGAGCAGAAGAACAAGCUGCCAGUCCUUUACCGCCUGCUGACUGGGAGGAUGAAGGGUCAGGCCUUCAUCACUCUGCCAGAUGCUGAAACAGCCCAGAAAGCCUUGCAGUUGGUCCACGGAUACCGGUUGCUAGGGAAACCUUUGGUGGUGGAGUUUGGCCGUGAGCGACAGGAAGAGGAGAAACAGAAGGAGAAGCAGGAGGAGAAGAAAUAAAAAAAAACCAAAAAAAACCCUCUUAUUCCUGUCAACAACACGCAACAUCCAGAGUUGUAAAUAACAGGCUGAGAUUGUUUAUUAUUUAUUUUUCUGUGGAUAAGAAGUGGUUACCUCAUUUUAAUAAAUGUCUGUUUUCUACCA